GAUUUAACAAGUCCUCUGUUUCAUCUCCUUCUUCUUUGCUUUUGUGAAACAAUGGCCACCGUUGACUUUGAAAACAGCUUCAUCUUAUUCCUUUUAUGCCUGUUCUCAACCUUCUUUCUCUUUACAUUCUUCUUCAAGAAACCAAAGAAUGCUUUUAACCUGCCUCCGAUCCCUCUUCUCUUCCGUUCAUCGGUCAUCUUCACGUUCUCUUCUCUGAAAAUCUCAUCAAAGUACGGACCUUUCCUCCAUCUCCAUAUCUUCAACGUCCCCUUCGUUCUCGUCUCCUCUGCCUCAGUGGCCUACGAGAUCUUCAAGUACCACGACCCUAGCAUCUCCUCUCACGGUGCUGUUGCGAUCGAGGAGUGCCUCGUGCUUGGAACUUUUGGCUUCAUCAAAGCUCCCUACGGAGAUUACUGGAAGUUCAUGAAGAAGCUCAUCACAACUACAAUGCUCUGA